AUGUGGGCGUUCCAGCCGUCCGACAGCGAGUCCCUGGAGAGUCGCGACUCCAGCCGGCCAUAUCACUGCCCUUCGUACAAACUGCCUGCCCUGGGCGUCAUCGAACUCAGCCCUGGCAACACCAUCACCCUCGACUCCGACGCCGUCUUCCGUCCCCAAUGCCUCUCCAACCAAGUCCAACAAGGCGGCGACGGUACGGGCGGCCUCACGAGUAUCGCCGACAUCCGCGACCCCUUCCACGCCUCCAUCACCCCCCAGGCCUAUGCCACGGGCGCCGCCACCGUCAUCGCCUGGAUGCUCGUCAUCAUGCUCAUCAUCACCCCGCGCACCUUCUUCGUUGGCAACGCGUCGGGCCGCUCAGGCCUCAUGGGACGACGCGGCAUUAUCAGCGGCGCGACCGGCAGCGGCUCCAUCAUCGGUGUGGGCAGUCGGCCGUGGCUGCAAAAGGCGGCUGCCCUGACCGUCGCCAUCUCGCUGACCCUCGCCACCGCGGACACGUUCAAAAUCGCCCAGCGCCAGUACGAGGAUGGCUUCAUCGACGCCAAGGAACUCCGCGACAUGGUCGUCGCCGGCAUGGAAAUCAAGGUCUCGCGCGUCAUCUCCGACAUCUUCCUGUGGCUGGCCCAGGUCCAGACCCUGAUCCGCCUGUUUCCCCGCCACAAGGAAAAGGUCAUCAUCAAGUGGGUCGGCUUUGCCCUCAUCCUCCUCGACAUCGUCUUCAGCUCUCUCAACAGCUUCGGCCCCUAUGAGAGCGCCCGUCGCCCGGCUCACUUCGACACGGCCAUUCCCGCCCUCAGUUAUCUGUUCCAACUCUCGUUGAGUAUGCUCUACGCUGCCUGGGUCAUGUACUACGCCAUCACGAAGCGAAGAUACGCCUUCUACCACCCCAUGAUGUGGAACAUGAGCGUCGUCGCCAUGCUAUCCACCAUUGCUAUCCUUACCCCCGUCAUCUUCUUUAUUACCGACAUUGCCAACUACACCAUUGCUGGAUGGGGAGACUACUUCCGCUGGGUCGGCGCCGCCGCUGCCAGUGUGAUUGUGUGGGAAUGGGUGGAGCGAAUCGAGGCACUGGAAAGAGAGGAGAGAAAAGAUGGGAUUCUAGGAAGAGAAAUUUACGACGGAGACGACAUGCUCGAUACGACGCCCUCGUCGUCAUCAGACCCAAGUUGGCCUGCCAAACGGCAGAGUCAACUUUCCGAAAAAGGAAACACGAACGGCCCCCAAGGAAAAGGUGGUUUCGGUGCGCAGGCCAGUCGCUUCCACCAUCUGGCUCAUUCAUGGGGCCGCAAAAUGACUGAAUCACCACGUGCCGAGGCACGCAAAAGGAGGACCAUACGCAUACCAGCACCAGCACCAGUUCUUCGACGCUCAGAUACUGCGACCCAUGGGGAUCGUAGCUCACGCACGUACCAGCGUGUGCAAACCCCACCUCCUGUUCCCGUCAUUUCAUCCCCCGUCAGUCGGACAGACACGACCAGCGCGGAUUCCACCGUCUAUACCGUUCGCUACCACCCAAUCAGUGAAACCCCGCCUCAUCAGCCACUCCCACCCAUGGCCGAUCGGGGGGUAGCAACCAUGGAAGAGCGACCCGCGGCUGCAGACGAAGCUCCAAGAUCGCCACGCCAGCCAGCCAAUAGGGAGGAUCCCGAGCAAGGCGAUGCAGCACCAUCAGAACCCGUUACCAGCAGACGUAAAUGGCAAUGGCAAGGCGUGGGGAACACGUUUCGGCGCAAAGGGCGUACACCACCUCAAGAACUGCAGCGCGGCAGGGUCAUUGAGCCGCUAGAAGUGGAAGAUGUAGCCGUCCACAUUCCCCCACGGAACUACAAUGGGCUUGCUUUGUCAGAUCGAUUAGGCACGUUCGCUGCACAGUCGGGAGAGCGCUUCCGGUCCAAGAAGAAAUCCGGUCCCCAUCUCGAGACCAGCUUACCAGUGACGAUCAUACCAGCUCAGCCACGAGGCCAGACUUGGUCUCCUGAUAUAUUAUAUCAACCACACGCUCAUUCAGACUACUCACCCACCAUGAUUGAGGGAGAGUCAAAUCCAUCUCGCUUAAAUACGGGAGUGGACACCAAUUCCAGCGAGGUUGUUCACCCCCCAUCUUCACCCAGUCAAAACCGCAGUUCACAUAUUCGAUUCGCAGCUGAGUCGUCGUGUGCUCGCCAGAGAGACGACGAGUCUUUGCAACAUGGUUCCGUCUGCGACGGGAUCGGUGCAGAGGUGCGACGACCAGGCACAGCAGCAGCUGGAAGCCCCCUAUCACCCGUGCAGGAGUCCACAGCCAUAAUGGACUUUAGCCUACCACGACAACAGUCACAUUCCCACCACGACCGGUAG